AUGGAAGAAGAUAUAGAUUCUCUAAAGAAAAACGAGACUUGGAGCCUGAUUGAGAAACCUGUUGGCAAGAAGGUUGUGGGAAAUAGAUUUGGGUUUGCUGAUGCGAAACCAGUCAGUACACCCAUAUCUCAUCAGUUUAGAAUAUCCUGCUCACAAGCACCAACCACUGAAGAAGAAGCUAGCUAUUUGGAGUUUAUUCCUUACACAAGAAUUGUAGGCAGUAUCAUGUAUAUCAUGGUCUGCACUCGACCAGAUAUCUGUCAUGGGGUUAGCGUGGUGAGCAGAUUUAUGAGCAAACAAGGACAACAACAUUGGAAGGCUGUCAAGUGGAUUCUGAGAUACUUAAAGGGAACAACCAAUACUGGAUUAGUAUAUGGUUCAGACACAAGCAAUACAGGUGUUAUGGGCUAUGUAGAUUCAGACUAUGCUGAGGAUCUAGACACAAGGAGAUCUCAAUCAGGUUAUGUGUUCAUGCUAAAUGGGUGUACAAUCAGCUGGAAAGCCAAUCUUCAAACCAUUGUAGCCCUAUCUACCACAGAGGCAUAA